UUACAACCAUAAUACAAAUUAGCCUUACAUAUCUAACUUGGUAAAGUGGUUUCAGAUGAAUUUCUUACAAAAAUAAAACCAUUUGAAACGUAAAACCUUUAUUCUGAAAGACUCAAACCAGAUGUAUCGCUAUGGCAAUAAGCGGAGCACAGCUCACGGAGCGGCAGCCUCCGGCUUCAGCGAGUUCAUCUUCACUGUGCACUCAAUGUUGAGACAUGGACGCCACUAUGUUUCAGCUGAGGUCGUUUGUCCAUCAGAGGCUCUACACAGCAGCGGAGGAGAUCCUCGGGGAGGUGGAGAAAACCAUAACGCUGGCUUUGUACAAAGCCGAGGUUAGUCGGUCGAAGGAGGAGGUGGAAAGCCUGCGACGCCAGCUGGGCCUCCUGCGAAAGAAAUCAGUGGAACCUCCUCAGAUCAGUGUUGCAGUGGAAUACAAAGACAAAUGGGACAGUGCACUGGUCCAAAAGAACCCUGGACCUUCACCACCACAGGAGUCUAGCAUCAGUGCUGGAGCUGAGGUCCCAGGACCGUCUGAAUCCAGUGCAGAUCUGGACCUUAACACCUGGAACUACUGCCUCGAUGAUGUCCUUCAGAUGUCAGACAUGAAGGAGGAGCAGGGGCAAACUGUGAAUGAGAAACAAACUCAGGGGACUGGUUUUGCUCCUCCUGAACUGGUGAAAUGUGAGCAGGAGACUCGAGUGUCCUACGAAAGCCCCGCAGCUUGGAAUGAGAGCGACAGCGAGGAGGAUUUGGUGCACAGCAGGACAAACCAGACAGAAACGGUGAGGAUGAAAGCAAAGAUGGGACAAAGUGGCAAUGGCAGCGAGAAGAUGCAAGUUGUUCUAGCGUCUAAGAACUGUUCUCCCAAAUGUCCGAAGGAUCGCAGUUUUUGCCACGUGUGCGGCAAGGGAUUCCAGUACGUCGGCUCUUUGAUGAAGCACAUAAAAACGCACGAACGCACGACUGACUGCACCAUUUGCGGGAUUACGUUCCAGGCAACGAGAGACCUGAUAAGUCACCUGCAGGGUUGUCACAAGAAAAUCUAUUUUUGCAGCAUUUGCGGCAAGACCUUCGCCAGUAGCCGCUGCCUCAGGCUGCAUGAAAAAAUACACAAAGUGGUGAAAGAGUUUGAGUGUCAAGAAUGCGGCAGAGCAUUUAACCGCAGGGAGCAUCUCAUUGUGCACGUGAGGACCCAUUCAGGGGAGAAACCAUAUCACUGUGACAUCUGUGGAAAAGCGUUCAGCCAGAGCCAGAAUCUCACAAUUCACAAACGAGGUCAUUCGGGGGAGAAACCGUACCACUGCGUCCUGUGCGGCAAACUGUUUAAUACUAGCAGUCACCUCAAAACACACAUGAGGUACCAUUCGGGCGAGAAACCGUACCAGUGUGACAUUUGUGGCAAGCGCUUUCGGCAGAGUGGACAGAUGACGAGACACAGGACCACACACACAGGCGAGAGGCCGUACGCGUGUCCUCUUUGCGGCAUGAGAUACAGAUUUGCGCCUAAUCUGAAGGUGCACAUGAAGACACACGAAAAGGCAGCCGCUAAUGACAACGGGUAAAAACUGUUUCAAGUGUGUAGGAUUUUUAAAGCAUGGUCUAAGUUAAGUUAGCUACAACGUAUUCAUACUUUCAUGACUGCUCGUUAUUUCUGAAAGUACAAAUUGCUGUGUAUUAACCAAGUACUAAUAUUGAGAUCCUGGGUUAAAUCAGUGCCUUGUGUUGGCAGAAUGAUUUGCUUGAUAGUUGCAAUGUUAAGUGAUUUACAAUCUAACUUUGCUCAUAUGAUUGUUUGAUUGAUGUCUACAUAAUAUGUUUAUACUCCAACAUGAGACUGAAAUCUUAAAGCAAUAAUUUAUUGCUGACAGUAUAAUAUUUGCACAAAGACGUGUUUCUUUUCUGACAUUCUUCGACAUGAUGGCCAAACCUAAACUGGAAUGCAAUCUUGUUGGGGUCAUUUCACCGAGACUAUGCAUUCAGUAGCAAUGAGAGUGUCAUCAUCUAAAUGUACUUCACAUCUGAGCGACAUGUAUGAAGCAAAUAUCUCGGGCUGUUCUUUUUUUACAUUUCAAGUACUUUUACAGUAUUUUUUCAGUGUGAUGUCAUCUCAUAUCAUAAUCACAUUUAUACAUAGAAAACAAUAAAGUUUGAAAGAAACAAAAA